AUGGGCCGCCGAGUCUUCACAAACCCAUCCAAGGUCGAAAGCGAACGCGAGCGGGCGAGGCACCGGCGGCGUCGACAACAGCAGAAACAUCAAAACCUGGUUCGUCAGGAGUGUUUUGCUUACCCUGGGUCGUGUAACGGUCUGAUGCACAAUAGCACUACAAUCACUUUAUCAGCGCGUCAGACAGGACCUUCCGCUCCCCCCUUGGCUAUAACCGUGCUUGAAGAAGCCAGGCCUUCAGUAUACGUCAAUGAACAUCCGCCAUCUUAUCCUACGGCCUCUGCUAGCACCGAUGAUCAGGCAGUUCCGUCACCCACGGGCCAGCCAAGAGAAACGAGGCAUGGUGCCGAACAGGUCGCAGCGCACAUUGAUGCGCCAUCAACACGAAGACCUUGGCCUAGAUACCGCAACCGAUUGCAUCGAUUACGGAUUCCCGCAAACACUACCCUCUGUCGCACAGAGUCCAAGCUAGGCACGAUGAUCGAUAAUCACCAAUCUCAGUCUAUCGCUGAGGCACCGGGCCCUUCAACGUCAACGCGUCGUGUUCGGGCAAAUCUACAGACAUACUCGGUACCCUCAUGCGCUGGCUUUUCACAAUAUCCCUCGGGGUAUAUCACCCCGGACGUCGGUGAGAACCGCAAUGAGACGCUCGAUAGCUUCAUCGAAGCCCUCCGGCAUCAAAACACUGAGUUAGGCACCGAUUUUCUCGACCCGCAUGAGACUGCGUACGACCAGGCUUUCCGAAUCUUCUUCCAUUCCAAGUGUAAUUGUGAAAAUGGAUUUGAGGUCAAUGAGCCAGAGCAUAAUUGUUCCCUUCGAGAGAGCGUACAGUACCUACAAAGCUCCCUUCCUCCUCUACCGACGAUUUUUGGUGAAGCUGGAUCUUAUGAUCCCGGCAGCUUUUUCCGACACCACCUGCUUUCGUUCCGCAAAUCGCAGAUGCAACUUCUCCCUGAGAAUGAACUAGAGUUGAUUCUGUGUAGACAGUGGGAUAUUGACAGCGUUUGGCUUGGGGCUACAGGUCUGCAAGCAAUUCGACCUCCCAACAACUUCCGCCUAUCUUUUCUACCCUCUCUCGCUCUAAAGCUGUCAUGCGAUGAGUCCCCUGAUUCAACAUCAGCCACUCGGAAUGCUCUGUCCCUUGAGCAUCAGAAAGAUCUUUAUGAUCACAUCAUCAUCCCGGCAGCUUGUGAGGCCAUGUCUGAUCCUUGUCGCCAGGAAAUACCACGAACGUACGACAUAGCGUAUGCGAAGUCUCGUUCGUUCCAAGAAAAGCCAGGAAAUAAUCGAUGGAGGCCUGAUGAUGUCAACAGGGCAGUCCAUCUGUAA